AUGGAGAAAGGCGAUGUCCCGGGCUCCAAGCCCCUCUCCCACCCAGCUCACACUCUUCCCUAUGAGGCCGUCCUCAAGGAACUCUCCACCAGACUCAAUGAGGGUCUCACACCUGACGAGGCGGCCCGUCGGCUGCAGACGUACGGCCCUAAUAAACUCGACGAAGGCGAGGGCGUGUCCGUGGUCAAGAUCCUCGUCCGGCAGGUGGCCAACGCAAUGAUGCUAGUCCUGAUAUUGGCCAUGGCGGUCAGCUUUGGCAUCCAGUCGUGGAUCGAAGGCGGCGUCAUCUGUGCCGUCAUCGUGCUUAAUAUUGUUGUCGGAUUCUUCCAGGAGUAUGCGGCUGAGAAGACCAUGGAGUCAUUGCAUUCGCUUAGCUCGCCUACGGGUACGGUCUCCCGUGGUGGACAGACCUUUUCGGUCCCCAGUGCGGAGAUUGUCCCGGGGGAUAUGGUCGAGUUGCGUACGGGUGAUACUGUUCCCGCUGAUAUUCGUCUGGUUGAAGCAGUCAACUUCGAGACAGACGAAGCCCUUCUUACCGGUGAAUCCCUCCCUGUCCAAAAAGACUGCGACGUCGUCUUCAAGGAAGACACCGGCCCCGGCGACCGGCUCAACCUGGCCUACAGCUCCAGCACCGUCACCCGCGGCCGGGCCCGCGGCGUGGUCAUCGCAACCGGCAUGGCCACAGAGAUCGGCUCGAUUGCUGCGGCCCUGCGCGCGGGAGACAGCCACCGCCGACCUGUCAAGAGGGGCCCCAAUGGCGAGACUAAGAAACGGUGGUAUGUGCAGGCGUGGACGCUGACGGGGACGGACGCGGUGGGCCGGUUCCUAGGCGUUAAUGUCGGGACGCCGCUGCAGCGGAAGCUGUCCAAGCUGGCGAUCCUGCUGUUUGGGGUCGCGGUGCUGUUUGCUAUUAUUGUGAUGGCAUCGAACAAAUUCGCUAGUAGCAACGAGGUCAUUCUGUAUGCGGUCGGUACAGGGCUCAGUAUGAUCCCGGCGUGUUUGGUCGUUGUGUUGACCAUUACCAUGGCUGUUGGGACUAAACGCAUGGUCGAGCGGAAUGUUAUCGUGCGCAAGCUUGAUUCUCUUGAGGCUCUGGGCGCUGUGACAGAUAUCUGCUCUGAUAAGACGGGCACCCUGACGCAGGGCAAGAUGGUGGUCAAGAAGGCGUGGAUCCCCGCCAAGGGGACGUACUCUGUUGGCACCAACAAUGAGCCGUUCAACCCGACCGUCGGUGAGGUGACGUUCACCCCUGUGCCGCCGGUGCGCUUCGACGAGGAGAAAGAAGGCUCUGCGAUCGGCGACCUGGAAGAAUUAGCAACCAACGAACCCCGGCUCGAGGAAUUCCUCAACGUCGCCGCCAUGGCCAACCUGUCGCACGUGUACCGCUCGGAAGAAGGCGAGUGGCACGCGCGCGGCGAGCCCACCGAGAUCGCCAUCCAGGUCUUCGCCGCGCGGUUCAACUGGAACCGCGACCGGUGGACCAAGGGCGAGAGUCCGGUCUGGCAUCAAAAGGCCGAGUUCCCCUUCGACUCGACCGUCAAGAAGAUGUCCGUCAUCUUUAGCAGGUUCGACGGCGACACCGAACGCAGCAUGGUCUUCACCAAGGGCGCCGUCGAGCGCAUCCUCGACGCCUGCACGACCGUCAUCUGGGAAGAUUGUUCUACCCCGAUUGAUCUCACUGACGACCACCGCACGAUUAUCCUACAGAACAUGGAAGAGCUGGCGAAGCUCGGCCUGCGCGUGCUGGCGCUAGCACACAAACCCUACUCGCAGUCAACUCAGCUGCUCGAAGGCGCAGACCUGCAGCGUGAUGAGAUCGAGCGCGAUCUGUGCUUCCUCGGCUUGAUUGGGCUGUAUGAUCCGCCCCGCCCCGAAACCGCCGGCGCCAUCCGCGCCUGUGCCCAGGCCGGCAUCGCCGUGCACAUGGUGACGGGCGAUCACCCGGGGACUGCCAAGGCCAUCGCGCAGCAGGUGGGAAUCCUCCCGUCGGAUCUGGGAAGUGUCGCCGCGGACGUGGCCGACGCGAUGGUCAUGACGGCGGGGCAGUUUGACAAGCUGACUGACAGCGAGGUGGACGCAUUGCCGACCCUCCCGCUGGUCAUUGCGCGAUGCGCCCCGCAGACCAAGGUGCGGAUGAUUGAUGCGCUGCAUCGCCGGGGCAAGUUCGCCGCGAUGACAGGCGACGGGGUGAAUGACUCUCCCUCGCUGAAGCACGCGGACGUCGGCAUCGCGAUGGGCCAGGCUGGCUCAGACGUCGCCAAGGACGCAUCGGACAUCAUCCUGACAGACGACAACUUCGCCUCGAUCCUCAACGCCGUCGAAGAAGGCCGGCGCAUCUUCGACAACAUCCAGAAAUUCGUGCUUCAUUUGCUGUCUGAGAACAUCGCACAGGCAUGCACGCUCCUCAUCGGACUGGCAUUCAAGGACCUGGACGGGCAGUCCGUCUUCCCGCUCGCCCCCGUCGAGAUCCUCUGGAUCAUCAUGAUCACCUCCGGCAUGCCGGACAUGGGUCUGGGCAUGGAAGUCGCCGCGCCAGACAUCAUGGACCGCCCCCCGCAGACAAAACAGGGCAUCUUCACCUGGGAAGUCAUCGUCGACAUUUUGGUGUACGGCGUAUGGACCGCCGCGCUCUGCCUUGCCUCCUUCUCAGUCGUAGUCUGGGGCUUCGGCGACGGCCAUCUCGCCCGCGGCUGUAACCGCGAGUACUCAGCCGAGUGCGACCUCGUCUUCCGCGCGCGCGCAACAACGUUCGUCUGUCUCACAUGGUUCGCGCUCUUCCUGGCGUGGGAGAUGGUCGACAUGCGGCGGUCGUUCUUCCGCAUGCAGCCCGGCUCGAAGAAGUAUCUUACGCAGUGGAUGUAUGAUAUCUGGCGGAACCAGUUCCUGUUCUGGUCGAUCGUUGCGGGGUUCGUGACGACGUUCCCCAUUUUGUAUAUUCCUGUUUUGAACCAUGUUGUGUUUAAGCAUACGGGGAUCUCGUGGGAAUGGGGGAUUGUGUUCGUGGAGGCGGUGCUGUUCUUCCUGGGGGUGGAACUGUGGAAGUUUGCCAAGAGGGUGUAUUUCCGCCGGCAGCGGGGGAAGAUGGAUAAGAGUCUUGCUUAA